UCACCACCAUGCUUUUGUUCAAGGACGCUAUUUCUGGGGAUGAGCUCGUUUCUGAUGCCUAUGACUUGAAGGAAGUCGAUGACAUCGUCUAUGAAGCCGAUUGCCAAAUGCUCACCAUCAAGCAAGGUGGUGAUAUCGACAUUGGUGCCAACCCUUCUGCUGAGGAUGGUGCCGACGCUACUGAAGAGGGUACCGAAACCGUCAACAACCUUGUCUACUCUUUCCGUUUGAACCCCACUAGCUUUGAUAAGAAGUCUUACAUGAGCUACAUCAAGGGUUACAUGAAGACUAUCAAGGGUCGUCUCCAAGAAAAGAACCCUGAGCGUGUUCCCAUCUUUGAGAAGAAGGCCGUCGAAUAUGUCAAGAAGAUCUUGGCAAACUUCAACGACUACGACUUCUUCAUUGGCGAAAGCAUGGAUCCCGAUGCUAUGGUUGUUUUGAUGAACUACCGCGAAGAUGGUAUGACUCCUUACAUGACCUUCUUCAAGGACGGUCUUGAUGCUGAGAAGUUUUAAGCUUCAAAACAAAUCUUUUGGGGUUAUAUUACAAGGUGAUAAGUAGUCUGAAAACAUGUUAUUUACGACAUAAAUAAUACUACUUCCAUAAUAUGCAUUUUCUGCACAACGAAAAUGAAGGGUUAUAAAUACAAGAAGUCGCUCUUCAGUAGUACUUUAAAAUUGGUUUCAUUAAUAUACUAUCGUUUACUCCUUGACA